AUGGCCGGCUCUAGACGGUCCAAUGUCAUCAUUAUCCAUCCGGAUCUCGGCAUUGGCGGUGCGGAGCGACUCAUCAUCGAUGUGGCCCUUGCGCUGCAGAAACGCGGCCAUCAGGUGACGAUAUACACCUCCCACCGAGACAAGGCACACUGUUUCGAGGAGGCGCGCGAUGGCACGCUCGACGUGCGCGGAGAUGGGGAGAACGAACAAAAGAAGGAGGAGGGGAAGACGACAGACACGAAAGGCGCCGACGAGGAAUUCGAAGACGACGUUUUUAUCAUCGACCAACUCCCCGCCUGUGUGCCGAUUCUGAAGACUCUCGGUCCGCGAUGCGCCGCCACCGGUAGGAAUAAUGGCAGACGACGAGGCAAACAGCGGAUCCUGUUCUAUUGUCAUUUUCCGGACCAACUGCUUGCCCGGAGGGACGAGCGCAGCGCACUGAUGCGGCUUCUGAAGGGACUUUACCGCUACCCAUUCGACUGGUUCGAAGGCUGGGCGAUGAGCGCGUCAGACAAGGUUGUUGCGAACUCGAAAUUUACACGCGGGGUCGUCAGACAGGUCUUUGGGGCAGGCAAAUUGGGGGAUGUGAAGGUCGUCUAUCCGUGUGUCGACACCGAUGAGGCGCCCGUGGUCAAGAAGAAGGGCGCCGACAAGGUGGGGAAAGAGGAGGCCAUCAUCGGGGAUGAUCUCUGGGGUGGCAAGAAGAUCUUCCUCAGUAUCAAUCGUUUCGAAAGGAAAAAGGGUAUCGAACUCGCGAUCCGUACAUAUCAUGGCUUGGGAAAGGAAGGACGGAAGGGGACGCGGUUGGUAAUCGCAGGCGGUUACGACAACCGUGUUCAGGAGAAUGUGCAGUAUCACAAGGAACUCGAUGCUCUGGCGCAAGAUCUCGGUCUGCAGACUGCGACAUCCAACAGUGUCAUAUCAGCCCUCUCCAUUCCCGAUUCCAUAGACGUUCUCUUCCUCCUCUCCGUUCCGACAGCCUUCAAACAGACGCUCCUUCACAAUGCCAAGCUACUGCUCUAUACCCCAGUAAACGAACAUUUUGGGAUCGUCCCGGUGGAAGCAAUGCAUGCUGGCCUGCCCGUUCUCGCAUCCAAUACUGGCGGCCCAUUGGAAACCAUCGUCGAAGGUGAGACGGGUUGGCUGCGAGAUGCGCGGAAUGUCGACGAGUGGACGGCCAUCAUGAGAAAGGUGCUGUUCGAAAUGGACGACCAGGACUUUGCGAGGAUGGCUGCCAAUGGAAAGAAAAGGGCAAAGGACGAGUUCUCUCUCACCGCUUUAGGAGACAGACUCGAGGAAGAGAUUCAGGACAUGCUCGCUUCCCGGAGACGGCCGUUCAUGGGGUUCCAGCAACUGGCAAUGGGCUUCGUCCUGUCCGGAAUUGGGGUUGCGAUACUUGCUGCUGCUAUCCUGAGGACUGUGUAA